UGUUACUGUUACUCCAUCUCUCUUCCUCAUCCCUUCCUGGCUUUCUGCUUUGCUUAUUAAGUAUUACUGUAUUAUUACUUACAGGUGUUGGAUCGUCUGCAGCAAUGGAAGACAGCGGUGGCGACGGAACAGCGAUGCGUGAUAGUAAAACAUAUUGUGUGACGGGAGGUUCAGGCUUCAUAGGAUCGUGGCUGAUUAAAUCUCUCCUCCGCCGGGGCUACGGCGUGCAUGCUACCGUUCGCCAUCCCGAGAAGGCAUUGCAUUUGUUGAAAUUAUCGGAGCGGUUGAAACUGUUUAAAGCUGAUUUACAGGAAGAGGGGAGCUUCGACGAGGCAAUAAGAAGCUGUGAUGGAGUGUUCCAUGUAGCUGCCUCAAUGGAGUUUGGUGUAGAACCAAAUCACAAUAUUGGUAACUUGUUUCUUGAAGAUAGUUAUGUGCAAGAGAAUGUGAUAGAUCCGGCAGCGAAAGGGACGAUAAACGUUCUUAAAUCUUGCCUGAAAGCGAACUCGGUGAAAAGAGUUAUCUUCACAUCAUCAAUCAGUACAAUGACUGCCAAAGAUAGUUCAGGGAAAUGGAGACCUGUAGUGGAUGAAUCUUGCAACAUACCAACAGAACAUGUCUGGCAUACUAAGCCAAGUGGCUGGGUAUAUGCACUCUCAAAGGUAUUCACCGAAAAGGCUGCAAUCAGGUUUGCGAAUGAAAAUGGUAUUGAUUUGGUGUCAAUAAUUACGCCAACAGUGGCUGGUCCCUUCCUCACUCCCACAGUUCCAUCAAGCAUUCGAAUGCUCUUAUCCCUAAUAACAGGGGAUGUGAAGCUGUUACCAAUACUAGCUGCCGUGAACUCAAGAAUGGGAUCAAUUGCAUUAGUUCACAUAGAAGACAUAUGCUCUGCCCACAUAUUCCUCAUGGAGAAUGCUAGAGCAGAAGGACGAUAUAUGUGUUGCACUCAUAAUUGUUCAAUAUCUGAACUGAUUGCUCAACUAAGCCAAGAAUAUCCAGUUCCCACUACACACAGCCUCAUGAUGGAAAAGCAUGAUUCACAACCCCCAGUGAUUUCAUCAAAGAAAUUAAGGGAUCUGGGGUAUUCUUUCAAGUAUAGUGUCCAAGACAUAAUACACGACACUCUUCAGAGCUGCAAACAGCAAGGGUUUUUAUCUCACACUCAAUAGCUAUGGUUUUCCACUGUAGAAGUUGACCGCUGUUCAAAAUACUUGAUUGACUGUAAGUCUUACCUUGUGCAAUAUACUGUAUUCUCUAACCAGCUUGGUUCACGUGGCUGUAUACUCUUGUCCAUUAAGAUAGAUCAGGAGUUUGAACCUCCUCUCAUGUGAAAAAAUCAAUUUGGGCAGCACUUUGCCCUUUAAUUGGGGCGGCUCAGUGUGAACGUGAUUAGUCUGAAUAUGGUAUGGGCUUAAAUGUACCUCCUAUAAUUAGGAUUUGCUCAGGAC